AGGAGAUGAAUGAUUAAGGAAUUCUACCUGAUAUAUUUUGUUAUAACCCUAUCUUAACAUGCCUCAGCAAAGCUGGAAAAAUUGAAGAAGCAGAGGCUUGUUUUUUGGAAAUUUUGGAGAGGGGUUUAACCCCAGAUGCUGUUACUUAUAAGGCUUUGAUCUGUGUGUACAGUAUGAAAGGCAAGAUGCAGGAGGCAACAAAGUAUUUUAAUGUGAUGCUCGAUUGUGGUUUCAAGCCAAACAAUCUUGUUUUCACUGUUUUGAUUGAUGGACACUUCAAAGCAGGUAACUUGAUGGAAGCGUUUGCAGCAUUCCAAUGCAUACUUGGGCUGGCAGUGCUUCCAGAUUUGCGAACUUACAGUGUCUUUAUAAAUGGUCUUUGUAAGAAUGGGAAAACCAAAGAGGCCAUUCCGGUCCUCUUGGAAAUGGAAGAAAAGGGUUUGGUUCCUGACGUUGUCACCUACAGCUCUGUCAUCUCAGGAUUCUGUAAACAGGCUGAGAUUGAGAAGGCCAUUCAACUUUAUGAUGAGAUGUGUUCUAAAGGUAUUGAUCCAAAUAUUUAUAUCUUUAACUCACUAAUUGAUGGACUGUGCAAGCUGGGAGAUAUGCAGAGAGCGAGAAAAUUGUUUGAUGGUAUUCAAGAAAAGGGAUUGGCACCUGAUAAUGUAACUUACUCAACAAUGAUAGAUGGAUACUGCAAAGCUGGGGAUUUGGCUGAGGGUUUCAAUUUUUUUAGUGUGAUGCAAUCAAAAGGGGUUGAACCACAUAGUUUUGUGUACAAUGCCCUUCUGUAUGGGUGUUGCAAGGAAGAAGAUAUGGAGAAGGCGUUGAAUUUGUUACAUGAAAUGGUGCAGAAAGGUUUUGCUACUACAGUCUCUUAUAAUAUUUUAAUUGAUGGGUUUUGUAAGUUAUGGAACCUGCAAGAAGCCAACUGUUUGUUACAGGAAAUGAUAGAAAAGCAGAUUUUACCAGAUCAUGUGACUUUCACAACUGUGAUUGAUUAUCUUUGUAAGACAGGGAAGAUGGAGGAAGCAUACCAUCUUUUCUUGGAGAUGCAGGAGAGGAAUGUGAUGCCUGAUGUAGUAACUUACACUUCACUUUUGUAUGGUUACCACAAAUUAGGGAAAACAUCUGAGGUUUUCGCAUUAUAUGAGAGUAUGGUGGCAAGGGGUGUCAAGCCAGAUGCAAUAACUUAUGAGAUACUUAUUGAUGUUCACUGCAAGAAAGAUAACUUGAUUGAAGCUUUCAAGUUGCAGGAGGAACUCUUGGGGAAGGGUUUGCUUUCUAAGGGAACUGCUUAUGAUUCACUGAUAGAUGCUGUUUGCAAGAAGGGAGAUCUUUCCAAAGCUGUAGGGCUGCUUGACGAAAUGAGACAGCAAGGGAUUAAGCCCAGUUUUGGUACAUGUAGUACCGUAGUCUGUGGUUUACAUGAAGGAGGCAAAAUAGAUGAAGCUACAGGGGUACUUGGGAAUUUGAAAAAUCAUGGAUGGGUUUCAGAUGAUACUAGUUUGAGUGAAUUAGUGACUAGGCAUCCAAUUGAUCAGAAUGCUGUGGAUACUAGCAUAAAUAAUGCAUCACUUGGGAGCGACCUUGGUUGAGAACUGCAGAGGGAAACCACAAACGUUUUGCAAUUCUGUUCAUAGUUGCUCUGCACCCCCAUAAAAGUAAACCAUUAAUUGAUUGAGGUCAGACAAAACUAGUGGACUUUGAAUAUCAAGGGAUCAGCUUUUUAAUGGGACAGUGCUUCAUGCAUAAGCUGAAGCUUUGCAUUUUGCAUCUGACAUGCUGCAUCCACACUGUUUGCCAUCUUAUGUUAGAUAUUCCAAAUAUAAAUAUUAUGUUUGAGGUUAGCACAGUUAUCAACUGGCUAGGCCAGCUAAAGUACCUACACCGGUACUCAUUGUAGCCGGAAGUGGAGAAUCACAAGCUCUGCAGAUCUUCGCAUUGUGUCAAAGGUCGUGAACCUUCAGGCCAUGACUCGAACCAGAAGCUACAAGAAAAUAAGCAGCUGCACAACUAAAUAGCGCUCCCCUAGCCCAAUGUGCGAUUUUGUGGAUGCAGCCUGUGCAGAGUUCUUUAGCAUACUUACGACACCAAAUGCACUGGACCACUCUGAACUGUUUUGGCCUGCGCAUUC